GUUGGUCCAUUGAAUCCUUGCAACAAUUUUUCAGGAUAUUUUCAUGAAUGAAAGAAAAGGACAAUUGCAGUUGCACAUCUCCCACCCCUUUAUACACUUUAUUAUAACCCAUAUUUCACAACACUGUAAAUCAGAAAACAUAAUGACGAUUAUGUACAACUUGAACUAUAAAGUUGUAUGGCUAAGAUAAAUAUUGGUCGUCAUUUCAUAACAGAUUUAACAAUAAAAUCUUAUCUAAGCACUUAAAAAAAUUCAAUAGUUUUAAUACUUUGUAUUAUUUCUCCAAUCUCAAACACUCCUAUAUAUACCCCUUUAUUCUGUUACAUAACAUAAGAAAAAUAUACCAAAUAUGAAUUACAAGGAGUGCUUCUUAAUAUCCCUAGCCUUAGUAAUGGCCGUCGGCCUGUCUAACGGGUUUGAUUUCCAAGAAAAGGAUCUAGGAUCCGAGGAGAGUUUAUGGGACUUAUAUGAGAGUUGGAGCAGUCAGUAUGCUGUGUCGAGGAGCCUCGAUGACAAGCACGAGAGGUUCAAUGUGUUUAAAGAGAAUGUGCAGCAUGUCCAUCAAGUUAAUAAGAUGGACAAGCCUUACAAGCUGAAGUUGAAUAACUUUGCUGACAUGACAACUGAUGAGUUUGGUAGUUACUUUGCUGGUUCGAAGAUUCACUACCAACGGAUGCUUCGAGGCAAGAAGACUAAUGGUAGCAAAAGCUUCAUGUAUGCAGCUGUUGACAAUGUUCCUAUGUCUGUUGAUUGGAGAGCAAAUGGUGCUGUUACGCCUGUUAAGUUCCAAGGCCAUUGUGGAGGUUGCUGGGCAUUUUCAACAGCUGCAUCGGUUGAGGGUAUAAACCAAAUCAAAACUGGAAAGCUAGUUUCAUUAUCUGAACAAGAACUUAUUGACUGUGACACCUCCCAGAACAGAGGAUGCAAUGGUGGCCUCAUGGAUUGGGGAUUCGCUUUUGUCGAGCAAAAAGGCGGCCUUAUAACAGAAGAAAACUAUCCUUACACAGCUACACAAGGAAUAUGCAACAUCUUUAAGAUGAGUAGUCCAAAAGUAUCAAUUGAUGGGCAUGAGGAUGUACCUGUGAAUAAUGAGGGCGCUUUGCUCAAAGUUGUCGCGAACCAACCUGUGUCCGUGGCCAUUGAUGCAGGGAGUCAUGAUAUGCAGUUCUAUUCAGAGGGGGUAUUCAGUGGACAAUGUGGGACAGAAUUGAACCAUGGUGUAGCAGUUGUGGGCUAUGGAACUUCCCUAGGCGGUAUCGACUACUGGAUUGUAAAGAAUUCCUGGGGAGAACAAUGGGGGGAGAAAGGUUACAUACGGAUGAAGCGCGGUAUCCCUGACAAACAAGGAUUGUGUGGGAUUGCAAUGGAGGCCUCUUAUCCUGUCAAAAACUCUGCCCUUAAUCCAUCAGUAUCUAAGGAUGGAUAUUCCAAGUCUAGGAAGAACAGAUUUUAAACAAGAUUUAGAGAUGUUUGGUUCAUGAUUCUUUCAAAACAUAGAUAUGUAACAU